AACCGCCAAUGGGACAAAUGACGAGGAGGGAGGGAGGGAGAGUAGUUAAAAACCUAAGAAUAAACCACAGAGGAAGCAGAAGUGUUGCGUAGAUACUAUUCUGUGCGUGCAUAUGUAGGUUUCAGAUCACAGUGUAAAAAGUAUUUCUUUUUUACUGUCUUUAAAUGUAUUGAAAUUCACAUAAAAGUAACCAUUUUAAAGUAUAUUCACAGAGUUCCACCGCCAUGCCCUUCUGGUUCCAGCAAAAAAAGGGACAUUUCUGAACCUGGAUCAGUGUCCAUUUUUUCCGGACUUUUUUGAUCUAUACCAAGCAGCUGAUCUACCUGAAGAAAAGCAUGGGCACUUGUCUUAGCUCGGGCUGCUAUCACGAAACACCACAAACCCGGCAGCUCUGACAACAGAUACUUCUUCCUUCCGCCUCUGGAGGCUGGUAGCCUGAGGUCAAGGCACCCACCAGGCCGCGGACGCCAGACGCACACUCCGAGGUGGAAGAAGUCGGCUGCCGACGACAGGGACCAUGGCAGCCAGUGCGAAGGGCAGCAAGUCUGAGCCAAACCACGUCAUUUUCAAGAAAGUCUCCAGGGACAAGUCGGUGACCAUCUACCUGGGGAAGAGAGACUAUAUAGACCAUAUUGAUCAAGUAGAACCUGUGGAUGGUGUCGUGUUGGUAGAUCCCGAACUUGUGAAGGGAAAGAAAGUGUAUGUGUCUCUGACCUGCGCCUUCCGCUACGGCCAGGAGGACAUUGACGUGAUCGGCCUGAGCUUCCGCAGGGACCUGUACUUCUCUCAGCACCAGGUGUUCCCACCCGUGGAGGCUGCCCCUGCCCCCACAAAACUGCAGGAGAGCCUGAUGAAGAAGCUGGGAGGCAACACAUAUCCCUUUCUGCUCAAGUUUCCUGAUUACUUACCCUGCUCGGUGAUGCUACAGCCCGCUCCGCAAGACGUAGGGAAGUGCUGUGGGGUCGACUUUGAGGUCAAAGCAUUCGCCAGAGACAGUGCAGAGGAUGAAGAGGACAAAGUGCCCAAGAAGAGCUCCGUGCGUUUACUGAUCCGGAAAGUACAGCACGCGCCAGCGAAGAUGGGUCCCCAGCCCCAGGCUGAGUCCUCCUGGCAGUUCUUCAUGUCAGACAAGCCCUUGCACCUGGCUGUCUCCCUCAACAAAGAGACCUAUUUCCAUGGGGAGCCCAUUUCGGUGACGAUUACCGUGACCAAUAACACAGAGAAGACAGUGAAGAAGAUUAAAGCAUUAGUGGAGCAAGUGGCCAAUGUGGUUCUCUACUCGAGCGAUUAUUAUACCAAGCCGGUGGCCCAGGAGGAAACACAAGAAAAAGUGCUACCAAAUAGCACUCUGACCACGACACUGACGCUGGUGCCCUUGCUGGCCAACAACCGGGAAAGGCGGGGCAUCGCCCUGGAUGGGAAGAUCAAGCAUGAGGACACGAACCUUGCCUCCAGCACCAUAAUAAAGGAGGGCAUAGACCGGACUGUCCUGGGCAUCCUGGUGUCUUACCAUAUCAAAGUGAAGCUCACGGUGUCAGGCUUUCUGGGAGAGCUCACCUCCAGUGAAGUGGCCACUGAGGUGCCUUUCCGCCUCAUGCAUCCCCAGCCCGAGGACCCAGCAAAGGGAAGUUUCCAGGAUGAAAAUUUGGUUUUCGAGGAGUUUGCUCGCCAAAAUCUGAAAGACUCAGGAGACACCGAGGAAGGGAAGAAAGACCAGGAGGCCGGGGAUGAGUGAAGAAGAUGCUGGGAAUCGGGAUGGUUCACAGCCCGGAUGAGCCACGCUCCACAGUUAGCCCUUUAGUUAUGCUAAAUACCAAAGUGUGAGUCUUCUCCACAGAAAUAAAGUUUGUUCUGCUGCGAUCUGA